CGGAUCCUCUAGAGUGAAUUCUCUAGAGUGAUCCUCUAAAGUGGGAUCGGACGGCUGAGGAUUUUUCAAAAAAAAAAAAAACAGAUGAUGGCUCUCGCCCAUCUCUCUACUCUCUCCCUUUCUCUUCCCUCACUCUUCUCUCUCCUCAUCAUCUUCCAAAAACUCUCUCCAAUUCUCUGCAAUCCACACAAACUCAUACAUUUCACAUCACAAAAAUGGAAACAAUUCAUGGAUUCAGACUCUAAUUUCUCUCUCUUCUCAUCAUCUCAACAUCAACAAAUCUCUCACAAGCAUUCGCAAAUUCAUGGGUUGGUUCAAAGUACCAAAUCGAAUGCACAAUGUGUUCCGCCUGCGACAACCCAUGCAACACUCCACUCCUCCCCCCUCCGCCGCCGCCAUCCCCUCCUCCCCCGCGGUCUCCAUCUCCUCCGCCGCCGCCGCACUCAUCUCCCUCCUCCAUUUGUCCCCCGCCGCCGUCCCCUCCCAGCUCCGGCACCUUCUACUACCCUCCGCCGCCUCCCUCUCAGCCCACCACCUACUCCUACCCUCCACUGCAGCCAUCUGGCGGUGGCGGUGGUAUGGGCGGCUUGUACCCGCCACCGCCGUACCGGAACUUCCCGACGCCGCCGCCGCCACUAGCCGAGGUCUUGAUACAUGGAUUGAUUUUCAGAGAUUGAUUUUUAGAGAUGGAUUUGUGAGAUUUGUUGAUUUUGAAUGGUUUUCUUGAUCAAGAAAAUGGAAAAGAAAAGGUAGAGAGAGAAGAGGAGAGGAGAGGAGACCAUGGAUUGAAUUUUUUUUUUUUAAAGAACCUCACCAAAACGACGUCGUUUUGGUGAGGUUCAAUGUCAGCCGUUAGAUUUUUCACUCUAGGAGAUGACUGUAGGGUUUUCACCCUAGAGGAUCCG